AUGUGGAAAAUAGGCAAUGUGUAUUUCAUUGCGGCCAUCGCCGUUAUUGGCGGUGCGCUCUUUGGAUUCGAUAUCUCUUCCAUGAGUGCCAUCAUUUCCACUCAGCCCUACCUAUGCCAAUUUAACUCCCUUGGUAUGAACGAGAACGGUGAAUGCAGAGGUCCGAGUUCCAAUACCCAAGGCGGCAUUACAGCAGCAAUGCCUGCGGGCAGUUGGCUGGGAGCACUUGUCAGCGGUUUCGUGUCUGACAGAUUUGGGCGAAAGACGUCUAUUCAAGUUGGCUCUAUAAUCUGGAUCAUUGGCUCCAUCAUCGUCUGCGCUUCCGUCAACAUUCCCAUGUUGAUCGUCGGCCGUAUCAUCAACGGCCUCAGUGUAGGCAUCUGCUCCGCUCAGGUGCCUGUUUACAUUUCCGAGCUUGCACCUCCUUCAAAGCGUGGUCGUCUCGUCGGCUUGCAACAAUGGGCGUCCCACCCCCUAAGGCAUAUAUCUUUAUCUUUAUCCUUUCAGGUACGGCCAGCAUUUGUUAACGUCACGUGUCCCAACGCAGCGAUUACGUGGGGUAUUGCUAUACUGUUCUUCAUCUGCUACGGUUCCAGUUUCCUCAAGGGCACCGCCGCCUUCCGAUUGCCAUGGGGUAUCCAGAUGAUUCCUGGCCUCUUGCUUUUUUUGGGACUUCUAUUUUUGCCCGAAUCGCCUCGCUGGUUGGCGAAGAAGGAUCGCUGGGACGAGUCCCUGGCUGUUCUCACCCUGGUCCACGGCCACGGUGACGCAAACUCGCCUUGGGUCGCCAAGGAGAUGGCUGAAAUCAGAGAGAUGGUCGAAUUUGAGCGCCAAAACUCUGAUGUCACGUACUGGGAGCUAAUCAAGCCCCAGUACAUUAACCGGACACACAUCGGUAUAUUCACGCAGAUCUGGUCACAACUCACAGGCAUGAAUGUGAUGAUGUACUACAUCACGUACGUUUUCACGAUGGCAGGUUUGGGUUCUGAUAUCUUGCUUCCUUCCGGUAUCCAGUUCAUCAUCAACGUGGUCAUGACGGUCCCAGCUCUGUUAUUCAUGGAUCGAUGGGGCCGCCGCCCGACACUUUUGGUCGGUGCCUUCCUGAUGUGUCUCUUCCUCUGCGUCAAUGCCGGCCUCUUCGCCGUCUACUCCAGAGUGCCGCGUCCGGAGGACAACUUCACGUCCGAAUCAGAAUCCAUGGCAGUCACUGGCGCCCCGUCCAAGGCCAUUAUCGCCAUGACUUACCUAUUCGUUGCUUCCUACGCGCCUACCUGGGGUCCUGUAUCAUGGACUUACCCCCCUGAGCUAUACUCGCUCCGACACCGUGGCAAGGCCGUUUCUCUGGCCACCUCGGCCAACUGGGCCUUCAACUUCGCCCUAGCUUGGUUUGUCCCACCCGCGUUCGCACAAAUAACAUGGAGAGUCUACGUCGUGUUCGCCGUCUUCUGCUUCGCCAUGUUUUGGCACGUCUUCUUUAUUUUCCCGGAGACGAGCGGAAAGACACUAGAAGAGAUCGCGGGCAUUUUUGACGAUACCCAGCCCGGCGCUAUUCGGUUCUUGGGUCAGCCUGCUUGGAAAACUAAGAACACGCGCCAGCAGAUCGUGCGUGCCGAACGCAAUCAACUCACCGAGGAGGAGAAGCUCGGCGGGUUCGGUGACAACAACGUGUCGACUGAGCAUAAGGCUUAG